AAUGUUGGCAAUCAUUGAGAAAACAUAAAAUUAUAACUGAAUUAAAUUUCUUAAAAUAAAAAAUGGCUACAGGAGGUAGUGUAGAUAUUAAUAUUGGUGUUCUUCACGAUGAAGAAUUUGAUUUUCCUUGUACAAUGUGUUUAAAGAAGAACAGAAACAAAGAAGCAAAAUAUUUCUGUGUAAAUUGUAAUGACAAUUAUUGUGAUACAUGUAUCAAAGUUCAUGACGAAGUGCCUGCACUUUCCAGACAUAGGAAAGAACAUAUUACGCUGUCAUCACCACCAACAAAAACAAAUUCGGGUACGAGUCAUGUUUCAACAGAAAAGUGUGACUUACACCGUCAAAAUGCUAUUGAUAUGUAUUGCCGCGACCAUGAUUAUGUUGGAUGUGGAACUUGUAUUGCUAUUGAUCAUAAACAAUGUGAGAACACAUUUUAUAUACCAGAAUAUUUAAAGACAAAGAAAAAGAUUUCAACAAAACAUGUAAAAAAGGAAGUAGCUGAAACUUUAUCAGAACUAAAUGACAAUCUUAAAGAACUUAAACAACUGAAGCAAGAACGUCUGAAUCACAAAGCUUCAAUACUUCGGUCUAUAAGUCAGUUUAGAAAAGAAAUAAACGACAGGAUUAAUGAAUUGGAAAAGAAAACAGAAGCUAUCGCAGUUACGAGAUUCGAUUGUAUCGUAGCCGAGUUGGAAAAGAAAAUAAAAAAAUAUGAAUCGAUGGAAAAGAGCUUAAUAACAAUAAAAGACAGUAUUAUGUCGAAGGAGAAUAAUAAGUUCCAAAAAUUAAUUUCUGUCACAAAAGCUAAACAUAUGACUAGGCAUGCCAAUAGAGUUAUGCAUAGGUCUAAAGCUUUAGUUGCAGACAUUUGUCUAAACGUUAACCAUCAGCUACGAUCAAUGCUAAAGAAAAUAGAUUCUCUGGGAACAAUCAGUCAAAGGGAACCAAAAGCUAUAUUUGGAGUUGGAAAAUGCAAUACAUUUUGUAUCAAGGAAGACAGCGAUGAAGAGGAUUGCAGCAUUACAAGUGCAUGUACCCUUCAUAAUGGAAUGGUUGUGUUGUCUGACGCCGGAAAUAAGAAACUGAAACGUUUAGAAUGUGGUACCUUUACUGUUGUAGACUGCUGUGAACUAUGUGAAGAACCAAUGCAAGUGUGUGCAACUUCUAUGGAUGAGGUGGCAGUGAGUUUACCCUUUCAGAGGGAAGUGCAGUUUGCUACUUGUGAAGACGAAUUGACUCUGACACGGACAAUAGAAACUGACUUCGAAUGCUGUGGUCUUUCCUUCGCUAAUGGUAACUUGUACAUAUCUGACAGAAGUGAAUUUGUAUAUGUAUUCAAUUUAUCCGGACAAAAACUGCUACAAUACAACAUAGAUCAACCAGGCUACCUAUUAUCACGGUACAUAAGCAGUAUAUCUAUCAGUCAUGAUGGAUCUAGAAUAUAUAUUGCUGAUGGGUAUAACGAACUUAUUAUACUGGACGGAAAAGGGGUCGCUGUUGGAAAAUUUAAUUAUCAAAACCUUUCACAGCCAUCAGGGAGCUGUGUAACAGAAGGAGGUUCUCUGCUUGUUUCCGGGUGUUUCUCUAACAAUGUUUUUCAAUUCGGGCGAGAUGGCGAACUUCUCGGGGAAGUAUUGAAAGCAGACGAUAGUUCCUCUAACAAUGUGUUUCAAUUCGGGCGAGAUGGUGAACUUCUUGGAGAAGUAUUGAAAAUAGACAAUAGUCAAACGUGCAUGCAAGCAAUUUGUUGUACCCAGCAUACAGAUCAGAUGCUGAUUGGAAGUAAUUCGAACAAUAUUAAGGUUUACGACUUGGUAAUAUUAUCAUAUACUAAAUCCGGUUACUGAUAUACAUGUAUGUAAAUAUUUUGAGCAAAUCAAUAGUAGUUGCAAGACCGAUUACAUUUAAUAAAAUAAUGUGCAUUUGAUAAACCACUUUUAAACUAGAGUGUAAAAGCUAUCAAAAACGUUUAUGUUGGACAGUACAAAUAUCAAUAAAGAUGUUAAAAGAAGAUAAGUAUAAACAUUACGGGAAUCAGUAUGACCGACGAAUAGGAAUAUCCAUUUCAAAUCAUAAUUGUAUUACGUGUCACAAAUUUGGCAAUGGUCGUGUUUGAUUCCUCAUUGUAUAACAAAAUGUACUAACAUAUUAAAAACUGAAGUUGUUUUCUAUAGUGAUUUUAUACCGGAUUGAGCUAAAUGGACAUUUUUGUAAUAUUACAUUGCAGCAAAUGUUAAUCAAUAUAGUUCCACCCAUCAUAUAUGGUGCUUUAUCAGUAAAAUAUAGUUCAUUUGUUAAACAUAUAUAUGAUAUAUAAAUAUGAAAGUAAGCAGAGUCAAGUCUACGUUCUCAGAUGGUUUUAUGUGACAGUUUUUAGCUUCUGUUCUUCAUUCAAUUAUUACAAAUUAAAAGGAUAAUUAUUGUUAUGUGUUCUCAACAUAGAUUAAGACGGAGGCAAAACAAAUGUUUAUUGAACCGCGUCGAAAACUUAGAUAUGAUCAAUAUUCUCAUUCUGCACGCAAAAAAAAGUUAAUAUCUCAACAAAUAUCUCAAAAACAUCUGUUAAUUUUCGAUUGUGUAACAAUCUACUGCCUACAGAGGAAGAGGAAGGCGGGAAAGUAUUGUUCGAAAUGAGAGAAAUGUAGUCUUUGUAACUCAAAUUAUAUAGGUGAUGAAUUCCAUUACAUUUUUUAUGUAGUUAUUUUGAAAAUAAACGAAAAGGACUCUUACCUAGUAUUAAUCAACAAAACAAAAUAUAUUUACGUUUAGGAAAUAAAGGGAAGAAACAGAUCCGCACAGUUAAAUAUGCUUUUGUUAGGAACCCACCUGGCUAGUCACAUUUCUUUUUGUUCAUAAUCUUUAAAUAUUUUCUGUUUUGCAAAUUUUAGCAUGUAUACAUUAUCCAAUGAAAUAGUGUAGUUAUAUACACUAAACCUGCAAUAGUUCAUUUAAUUUGUAUACACAACCUGAUUACACAUUUGUUUAUAUAUUAUUGUCCACCUUAUCAUAUAUAAAUAUGCUGAGUGUAUCAAUAAAACUU